AUGACAAAUGCCAGUGGACUAGCCGCCUCCAUCCGAGGAUCUACAGAGUCAUCUACAUUCGACUUGGGUGGACAGAAUGUCACUACUAUCACCAACAACAUCACCAGCGCCUUCCAAGAUCCCUUGCCAAUUCAGGAAAUGAUUCGGAUCACCUUUGUGACUGGAGCUGGCAAAUUGGGACGGCAAAAGUAUGAUGCUGACGCUGCCAAGGCAGUGACGUCUGCGUUGCGAGACCUUGGAUUUGAAGACGAUCGAGGUGCUAGUUGCGUCAAGGAGUGUGCGGCUUCCUUCAAGCUCCAACACGAUACGGGCAAGAACCUCAAGACUGUCGUGGUCUUUCCAAGAAUACAGGAGGACGAUGCACCAGCAUCGGGCGACGGAACAGGUUCCAACCAGGCUUCAACUGUACCUGUAAUUGCAAAGGGAAGUGUAGAAGAUCUCAUUGUCAGCACUUCCAACGCAGUAUUCAAAAACAUGACCAAGAGCAAAUGUCCUUCCUGGAGUGAAAAGAAGGAAUGUAUGGGAGCACUCUCAAACAUAAAAACUAUGCUGGAAGAAUUGGAUCAGAAACUGGUGACAGGGACACCGCUAACGGAUGGAGAACAAGAAUUUUACGAUUCCGUGUCAUCUGAUUCAUUGGACGAGAAGCAAGGUAUUGUGAAGGAUCUCAUGCACAGCCAGGUGGAAGAAGGUGGAAUCACCAGUCGGGAGAAGAAGCAGCUCCUGUCUCAAGUAAGCGAGCGUCUCGAAAAGGUAUCAGCAGAACUUGAGGAAGCCGAAGGAAAGAAAGCAGAGAAACUCAACGGAAUGAAAGCAAAGCUAGAAGCAAGGAAGGAAAUGUUGUCAGGGAUUACGCCCAAGCCGCUACCCAAGCUGAAGCACGAAACCGAAAUCUUGACACUGCGAGCCGAGCUGCUGUCCUUGUCCGAUGUAGUUGAUGCGGCAGCUGGGCGCUUGUUGAGCCUGAAGGAAUCAAAAGCGUUGGCUCGGAAAGAAGAGGUCGAAGAGGAGAUUGCCGAUUUCGAGCAAAAGAGUCGAGGAUGGUUCGAAGAUGACGAGUCCUUUGAGGAACGAGUCAACAGCUUGCAAGGGGUGGCCGCAUCGAGACCCAAAAAAGGUGCCGCCAAAAAGCCAGCAUCCAAGUCUCAUGCGCCUGCUUGGAUUGCAACCUCGUCGUCCACCAAAAAGACUCAGUCCAAAUCGAAGGCAGGGAAAUCCAAGAAUAGUGGUGGUGCAGGUGGUGUCUUUGCGGCAAUGAUGAUGGAUAGUGAUAGCGACUAA